AGGAAACCCCUCAAACCAUGCGUCUGUUUCGUCUUAUGAAAGUGGAGCUUGGUCCCUUGGAUGGAUUUAGAGACCGUCCAGAUUGCGCUCGGUCGUGAAAAUGAAAGCUUGAAUUUUUGAGAAAUCCCGCCCAGAUUUCGUCAACAAAUUAUACUUUGAAUUUCCAUCAAAGUACACUGCAGAGUGCCACUGUCAGCGUCUAUUUCCAUCAAAGUACACUGCAGCAUUUCCCGGUGAUUUGACUACACACUGUCAUCUAGGAAGCUGACCUAGAUGAGCUACGCACACUACUUACUUAUAGGUCGUUCUGUCUUCUUUCCGUCCAGCGACUUUUACAGAUUCGUCUUCUUCAUCUUUUACAUCUGAAUAUCUGAUGCCCCCGCCGUCGAUGUCGACUCUCCCGCCUGAGUUCAUCGCGGAGAUACUUACCGAAUUACCCGUCAAGAGUCUCGUGCGUUUUCUGUGCGUUUCGAAGUUAUGGUACGCCAUGAUCAACAACCCAGAUUUCAUAAAGAAGCAUCUCAAGCGCUCCAUCGAGGCCAACAGGGAACGCACGCUCAUUGUCCAGGACUGCGAGCGCCUUUCGAAUCAGGAUCCCUGCUUUAAAAAAUUUGAGGACAACAAUCGUCGGCCACCGUAUUUCUACUCCGUACGCUUUCACGACGAUGGUCGGUUCGAUAGAGCCGUGCGACUCUACCAACCACUGCGCCAUAGAAGAGCAAAAGCCACAAUCUUGUACUAUUGCAAUGGCCUGGUUUGCCUCUACAACUUGGAGACUGAGAUUGUGAUUUGGAACCCAUUAAUAAGAAAGUAUAAGAAAUUACCUUUCGAGCCGAUCGAUAUCCCUUCAGGUUUCAAGAAGGAAGUCUCUCAUUCUAUCUGGAACUCUCCCGCUAUGUGGUCGGAAUUUGCAUUUGGGCACGAUCCGGUUAACGACGACUACAAAGUGGUGAGGGUCUCGGAAUUGAUUAGUUGGUGUGAUCGGGAAUUUGAAGUCAAGAUUUAUAGUCUGAGAGCGCAUUCUUGGAGGAGGGUCAAACAUAAAUGGCCUAAAAAGGAAUCAUCGAUUGCUUCCAAGCCAGCUUUCUUGAACGGUGCCGUGCAUUGGUUGGCUGCUACUCAUUCGCGCAGGUCUCUGGAGAUGCUUGUUGCUUUGGAUCUCGCCACCGAAAAAUUCCGGAUGUAUAAGACACCGUUUAAGCUGGGCCAUGGUGUUUCAAAGCUCGAGUUGGAGGUCUUGGGGGGAGCUCUGUGUGUUUGCGUGCAUAGAUAUAUGGAGGAGUCUGACAGUGUUUGGGUGAUGAAGGAGUAUGGUUUGGCGAGCUCCUGGACUCUGCUUUGUACUAUUACGCAGGAGGCAGUUAUCUACUGUAAGCCUCUAGUGUUCUCGAAGAAUGGCGAGAAGGUUCUGAUAGAGCAGGACUUCGACAAACUCUUUUGGUAUGACGUAGAAGAGGAGACGGCCAGCAAGGUUGAGAUUCUGGGUAUGCCGGAUAAUUUCCGGACGGCGACUUGUGUGGGAAGCCUUGUUCUGCUCAAUGGUGAUAAUGUGAUUGAUGUCGACUUAGAGGAAGGGGACUCAGAGGAUUUGGGAUGGUGGAAUUAUUGGUAGACCUAGAAGAAAUGGAGUUAUAUAAAUCAGGAGCAGGAAGGGUCUUUUGGAUUUCUCGAGCUACUCUGCUAUUCACAUUUUGAUAUGCAAUGGAAAUCUCUCAUCUUUUUUGU